AACGUUUGUUAUUUGUUUUGUGUGGAGGUGCUUUUCUUAGGGGUCUUGUCUUUCAACUUUUCUAUUAUUACCUCACCACAUUUCCCCAAUUCUCCAUUUCAAUUCAUCUCUUUCUUUUCCUCUCAUUUUCAAUCUCGCAUAAACUUCUCUUCUUUUCGAUUUUCCUUUUUCUUCUUAAAAGGGAAAGGAAAAUCCUAUUAUUUUCAAUUUCGAACCCUACCGAUUCAUUCUUUCAAUUUAUUCAAUGGCAGAAGAACAUAGAUGUCAAGCUCAACGUCUCUGUGCAAACAACUGCGGUUUCUUCGGGAGUCCCGCCAUGCAAGAUCUCUGUUCCAAAUGCUAUCGUGAUUUGCAGAUCAAGGAACAGCGAUCUUCUUCGGCGAAAUUGGUUCUCAAUCAAACCCUAGUUUCUCCGCAAUCGAUUUCUCCGGCGGAAAUUCAACCGUCGUCGUCGAUUUCUUCUUCGUCAUCGUCGUCGGCGGAGGAACAGGUUGUUGAUGGACCUUUGGAGGUUGAGGUGAAGGUGCAGCCGAAUCGGUGCGGAACUUGUAGGCGGCGCGUGGGGUUGACGGGAUUUAAGUGCAGGUGUGGAUUGACGUUGUGUGGGUCCCACAGGUAUCCGGAACAACACGGGUGUGGGUUCGAUUUUAAGGGAUUGGGAAGGGAACAGAUCGCGAAGGCGAAUCCUGUUGUGAAGGGAGAGAAGCUUCAAAAGAUUUAAAGGGUAUUGUUGUAAUUUCGAAUCUGUGAAUUGUUGGUUCGGGUCGGAUGAAUUGGGUGGGUGGGGAAUGGGGGAUCUCGAAUUGUCGUUGUCAAUUUGUCUGUUGUCGUGUCAUGUGUAAAUUAGUUUUAAUAAAAAAAAAUAUAUUUUAGCU